AUGCCGCCUGUGGAUCACAUCGAGCCAGGUCCGGACACAAUCCGGAUUUUAUUAACUACAGAUAACCAUGUUGGAUACCUUGAAAACGACCCUGUGCGAGGCGACGACUCAUGGAAAACGUUUCAAGAAGUCACAUACUUAGCAAAAUCACAUGAUGUAGAUAUGCUAGUGCAAGGUGGAGACUUGUUUCAUGUGACGAAACCACUGAAAAAGUCACUAUUCCAUGUGAUCCAAUCACUCCGACUCAAUUGCCUCGGGGACAGGCCGUGUGAGUUGGAAUUGCUCAGUGAUCCUGCUUUGGCACUCCGUUCUGGCGAGACCGUCAAUUAUGAGGAUCCUAACUUAAAUGUGGCCGUUCCAGUGUUCGCUAUCUCAGGAAAUCAUGACGAUGCUACAGGAGAAGGCAUGCUUUCGCCAUUGGACGUGAUGGCUGCCACCGGAUUGGUCAAUUACUUUGGUCAGAUCCCACAGUCAGAUAAAAUUAAGGUCACUCCACUUUUGUUCCAGAAAGGUACCUCGAAGUUGGCAUUAUAUGGAAUCAACAAUAUGAGGGAUGAGCGGCUUCAGCGGAUCAUGAAGAAUGGCGACGUGACAUUCCAACGUCCCAAAGAGCAUUCAGACUUUUUCAAUCUCAUGUGCAUUCAUCAGAAUCAUUUUCGGCAUACCAUGACCUCUUAUGUUCCAGAGGAUUUUCUUCCGUCUUUUCUAGACUUUGUGCUUUGGGGCCACGAACACGAAUGCAUUCCCUUCCCUCAAUACAAUCCAACAACGGGGUUUGAUACGCUUCAGGCGGGUUCUACGGUGGCCACAUCGCUCAGUGAGGGAGAAACUGCUCCCAAACACGUUUUUCUCCUAGACAUCAAAGGGAAAGAGUACCUGAUCACACCUAUUGCACUCCAGUCAGUGCGUCCGUUUGUUAUGAAGGAAAUCUCGUUGGCAAAGGAGAAUUUUGUGGAAGGUCCAGCGUCGAAGGCUGACAUUCAGACGUUUUUGACCCAGCAAGUGGAAUCUCUUAUCGCAGAUGCAAAAAAGGAGCACGAGUCGACAGGAGCCACAGACAUCGACAUUCUUCCGCUUAUUAGGUUGCGUGUGGAUCAUACGGGCGACUACGAGGUGGAAAAUUCGCGUCGCUUCUCCAACAAGUUUGUGGGAAAGAUCGCUAAUGUUAAUGAUAUCUUACUUUACCAUAAGAAAAAGGCUUCGAAGCAAGAGAGCCAGCCGAAGCUCCAUGAGCCUACCGUUGACUCAGACAAUACUCUGAAGGUUUCUAUUCAGCAACUUCUCAAGCAGGUUCUUGGCGAGUCCAAUCUCUUUUUGAUUCCUGAAGAUGGAAUGUUUGAUGUAACGAAAAAGUUCAUAGAGCAAGAAGACAAGCAGAUAUUCAACGAUUACGUGGAUAAGACUAUUGACAAUGCUGCCAAAGCAUUGCUUGAUGUGAAUAUCGAUGAGGAAGAAUUCCAUGUUGGAGAUGAAGGAAAUGUUAAACGAUCUUUCAGACAGUUGUUGAAUAAGCUUCGUAUGGAUUCACAGAGGAAGCCAAUCACAGAAGAUUCUACAUGGGAAGAGCCACCAGCUUGCCCUGUGAAAGCUGCACCUAAAUCGAAGAGUAUUUUAUUGUCUGAUGACGACGAAGACGACGAUUUUACUGAGAAAAAACCAAAACCUACCAGAAAGAAGACCAUCAAGCAAGCUGAAAUCAAUAGUGAUUCAGAUAUUGAGAUGAUAGAUCCUGAACCGAAGCUGCGUAAGGCUGCUCGCAAAGCUCCGGCUCGAAGAAAACCCACCAAAUCUGCUGAAAUCGUGAGUGACUUUUCAGAAGGCGACUACGAAGCAGAACCAGAACCAAAGGCUAAAACACGCAAAGCACCGGCAAAGAGGGUUACAAAGUCUAGGGCAACACGCAAGAAAAAGGACGACGAUCUGGGGUCUAUGCUUGAUGACAUUCUCAGUUUAGCAGGGUAG